GUUCAUCCCCCCUCGAAUCUUCCCAUCUUCUCGUCAUACCCACGCUUCUCUGCCCCUUGUUCUUCCUCAUUUAUAAUCUCCACCUCUCUACAAUCCCUUUGAGCAAUCAUUAUUACAGGCAUCUCAAUUCCUCGCUAUAUCCAUUUCUUGACUUUUUUGAUUGUUUGUUUUCAUGGGAGUUUCGGCAGGCUCUUCCACCUUCACUGUCGCCGCCGUCCCUUGCCUUUGCUGCUUCUCGUGUUGCUGUAUUUGUUGCGGGCUCUGUUGAUUCUUGGGGUUUUUCGGGCGUUUGGGGUCUUGUUGCGGUUGUAUUCUUGAAGCGCUUAGAAGGUGGUAAUCGUCAGUUCUGUUUUUGCUGUUUGGGAUUAUGGAUUUGAGUCAGCCGCCGACGAACAACGGUCUUUCGUUAGGGUUUCUGUCCCACGCAUCGGCAGCGCCGCCGCUGAUGAAGAAUAAUCGUAGCUCGAAAAUCACUGACGACUCGAUUUCCUUUCAGAUCGAGUCGCGGACUCAGAACCGAUUGCUUCACAUGCCCUCGAUUCCUCUUCAGUUGAUGGACCAGCAAAUAGAGAAUAAUCGUCAUCAUGAGGCCGAAAACAAUUCUGAUGAAAAUAAGGAUGACGAGGAGGAUGAGGGGAAAAUCGAGGAGUUUCGGAUUUUGGGGCACCCCAUGACUUUGAAGCGUAAACGCGAGUCUGAUUCAGGGUCAUCGACGACGUCGCCGUCUUCAUCUUCAAAGGGAUUUAGGGUUUCGUCUAGUGAGAUGGAAUCGCGCAGGGAUGCGGUCAGGGCUUGGGGGAAUCAGAGCUUGCGAGAUGCUGACCCCGAUAUUUUUGAGAUAAUGGAGAAGGAGAAGGAGAGACAAUAUAAAGGAAUUGAACUGAUUGCCUCAGAGAAUUUUGUGUGCAAUGCUGUGAUGGAGGCCUUGGGAAGCCAUCUGACAAACAAAUACUCUGAGGGAAUGCCUGGUGCUCGCUAUUAUGGUGGGAAUCAGUAUAUUGAUGAGAUUGAAACACUAUGUUGCGAGCGUGCUUUGGCUGCGUUCGGGCUAGAUCCUGAAAGUUGGGGUGUGAAUGUGCAGCCCUACUCAUGCACAUCCGCCAAUUUUUCUGUGUAUACCGGGCUUUUAUUACCAGGUGAUAGGAUAAUGGGGUUGGACACACCUUCUGGAGGGAACACGAGUCAUGGAUGUUAUUUGCCGAAUGGGAGGAAAGUUUCUGGCGCCUCCAUCUUUUUUGAGAGUUUGCCAUAUAAGGUGAACCCACAGACGGGGUAUGUAGACUAUGAUAAGCUUGAGGAGAAGGCAUUGGAUUUUCGCCCCAAGAUAUUAAUUUGUGGCGGGAGUUCAUAUCCUCGGGAGUGGGAUUACGCAAGGUUUAGGCAGAUUGCAGAUAAAUGUGGUGCAGUUUUGUUGUGUGAUAUGGCUCAGAUUAGCGGUCUUAUAGCUGCUAAGGAGUGUGCAAGUCCUUUUGAAUAUUGUGAUAUUGUUACCUCUACAACCCAUAAAAGCCUUCGAGGUCCUAGGGGAGGAAUUAUUUUCUUUAGGAAGGGCCCAAAGCCAAGGAAGCGUGGCAUGCUUUUGAAUCAAGGCGAUGGUGGCGAUAGAUAUGAUUUUGAGGAGAAGAUUAACUUUGCUGUUUUCCCAGCACUGCAGGGUGGGCCACACAAUAAUCACAUUGCAGCUCUUGCUAUCGCAUUGAAACAAGUGGCUACUCCUGAAUACAAGAUGUAUAUGCAACAAGUCAAGAAAAAUGCUCGGGCCUUAGCAGCUGCCUUAUUGAGAAGGAACUGUAGACUGAUCACAGGGGGCACUGAUAAUCAUAUGUUGCUUUGGGAUCUAAAAAAUCGUGGAUUGACAGGUAAAAACUUUGAGAAGGUCUGUGAGUUCUGCCACAUUACUCUCAAUAAAGUUACAACCUUUGAUGACAAUGGUAAUAUCACCCCAGGAGGCGUUAGGAUUGGUACACCUGCAAUGACAUCAAGAGGUUGUCUUGAGGCUGAUUUUGAGAUUAUGGCUGAAUUUCUCCUCAGAGCUGCACAGAUUGCAAGUUCAGUGCAGAGAGAACAUGGGAAACUGCAAAAAUCUUUUCUAAAGGGGCUGGAGAAUAACAAAGAAAUCAUUGAUCUCCGAGCACGAGUAGAAAGUUUUGCAUCUCAAUUUGCAAUGCCAGGAUUUGAUGUAUAAUGUGGUCUGGCGGUGUGGGUAGAUGAACAAGCGUUCGGCUGUCCAAGUGUCGCAUCUCAGUCUGACGGGCUGUACAUGGCAACAUCACAUUGGAGUUCAGUUCUUGCCUGACCAAGUGAUUGAUGGCAUUUGAUAUGAUUUUGGCCAGCCUUUUGUGCUUAGCAUUGACAGUUGUGGAUACUCCUCCAUGACACUUGGUUCUGCCCAUGCCAGGCUGGCAUAUUCUGUGGGUCUAAGCUAGUUGGUCCUGAAGUUUGAAAACAUUAUGGGGUAACUGCUUCCUGCCUUGCUUCCUUCACAGUAAAUAAUAAAGUUUUGGUGGUCUUGGUGAAUUCUUUAUGAGGGACUGAAGAUGGACCAACAUCAUCUGCUAUUGUUUUGUUCACUGAGGGAUACUCAGGGUUCACAUUUUAUGUAAAUCCGCACUUAGGUUUCUUCCUCUAUGAUAUUAUACACAGAAUUUCACAUAGUUUUCACUUCAUCGCUGAAUUGUUGCACAGUUCUGGGGUUAUCGUGUCCAUCAGAAUUAUAAGAAAAUCAAGAAUCAGUACCUUUGGUUUUAUACAAAUAUAUGUCAUUUUAUUUGAUGAUUCACUUCGUCAAUUCCUAGUUCUUGUAGACCACUUAUGGCUAUUGGCUUGAUUGAAAACUUUGCAUUCUGACUGUCAGCAUCUGUAUAUGCAUGUCGACUUAUCUUAAGCAUCCCCCACAAAUUGGAUUGACUAGUUCCUCUUGUGAUGGAUCCGUGCUUAGAAAUUAGGAGGUUUUCCAUCAUCCAAGAGAUCAUUUGUUUUGAUAAAAAGACUAGAGACAGGAGGGCUAGAAGAAGAAAGACAGGAAAAGGCAGCGAAAGCAGGAUUUUCAGUUCUGUAUUUACUUGUGUUGUUUGUGGAGGUUGAGGAGCAGCAAGAGCAGAGUUUUGCUCAAUUACUAUAUUAUUUUCGUCCUAAUUUACCAAACUCUUGAGCCAUUUUCUGGCUAUUUUAUCUCAUUGGAAGUCUCUUUCUAUCAAAA